AUGUGCACAUUUCUGUUUCAAGGACCAAAGCUGGACUUGUUUGCUACUGAAAGAACAUUCCCAUCCCAAUCUCCCAUGGAAUUUUUCCUCAUACUCCUAUGGGUGUCACUGCUGGUAAUUGCUCCAGUAUGUGGACAAUCUGCUCCACUGAAACCAGUGAUUUUCCUUGAGCCUCGAUGGACCACUCACUUCAAAGGGGAAUCAGUGCGUCUAAAAUGCAAUGGAUUUCACUCCUAUGUAACAGGGAAAACACAGUGGUACUUCAACAUGGAACUACUUGAAGCAACUUUUAAUGACAUUAGGGUUGAAAAUUCUGGACAUUACGCAUGCAGGACCCAGGAUUCCCCCCUCAGCAACCCAGUAUUCUUGUCUUUUUCAAAUGAUGAGCUCAUUCUACAGACCUCAUAUCCUGUGUUUGAAGGAGACUCAUUGGUUCUAAAAUGCGUGGAAAAGAAGAAAACAAAAUUAACUCAAGUCACAUACUAUAAGAAUGGAGAAAUUCUUGCCAGUUUUAAUGAAUACUCAGAAAUGUUUCUUUCAAAAAUAAAUAAAAGUAAUAGUGGUCAGUAUCACUGCAGUGCAAAGAAGAAGUCAAUUUGGAAAUUUCUAAUAGGCCCAGAAGAAGCAAAACCAGUAACUAUCCAAGUCCAAGAGUUGUUUUCAACUCCCAUACUGAGAAGCACAACUUUAGAGCCUUCGGAGGGGACCCCUGUAACUCUGAGCUGUGAGACCCAGCUCCCUCCAGAGAAAACAGAUACCCAGUUGUAUUUCUCCUUCUUCAGAAAUAACAGAAUCAUCUCAUCAAGCCAGGAAAGAAGCCCAAAACUUCAGCUCAUCAAAGUCUGGAAGGAUGACUCUGGGUCUUAUCACUGUGAGGCAAAAACAGUGACAUCCAGAGUCCAGAAAAAGAGUCAGCCAAUUCAGAUUAAAGUGAAGAGAAUCCCUGUCUCUGGAAUCCAUUUGGAGAUCUAUCCCCCUGGGGGGCAAGUGGCAGAAGGGCAAACGUUGGUCCUGGUCUGUUCAGUAGCUGGGGGCACAGGUGACAUCACAUUCUCUUGGAGCAAGCAGGGCACUGGAGCAAUCUUGAAGAAGAAAACUCAGAGAUUACUAGUGGCAGAGUUUAAAAUAUUGGCCAUGAGAGAGAGUGAAGCUGGAGAAUAUUACUGUACGGCCAACAAUACGAACAAUCUGCUACAUAGCAAACCAGUGAGCAUCUCUGUGAAAAUUCCAGUGUCUCCUCCUCUCCUCACCUUCAGCAUCCCUGAGACACAGAUGUUUGUGGGGAAGGUUGUGGAGCUUAAAUGUAAAGUCCAGAGAGGAUCAGCCCCAAUCCUAUAUCGGUUUUAUCAUGAGGGUAAAAUAAUGAAGAACAGCUCAGCUCCUUUGGGAGAUACAGCAUCCUUCAACCUAUCCCUGACCGAACAGCAUGCUGGGAAUUACAUCUGCGAGGCUGAUAAUGGCAUAGCUGCACAAUUCAGUAAGACGCUAACACUCUCAGUCAGAGUUCCAGUGUCCCGUCCUCACCUUACCAUCAGUGUGCUCAAGCCUCAUGCCACUGGAGGGGACAUGGUGGAGUUUCGAUGUGAAGCUGAAACAGGCACAACUCCCAUCCUCUAUCGGUUUUUUCGCCAGGGUACAAUCCUGGGGAGUGGUUGGGCCCAUUUAGGAGAAGCUGCAUUUCUCAACCUCUCUCUGCCAUCCGGGGAUUCUGGGAUCUACUCUUGUGAGGCUGACAAUGGCUUCAUUCCCCAGCUCAGUGAAGGGGUGAACCUCUCUGUCUCAGUCCUUACAGGGAAGCAAAGGGGACGGCUUGCUGGAGAAGUCAGCUUGGGCUUGCUCGGGUUUCUGGGUCUCAUUAGUGUUGGUCUUCUGUUGUAUUUCAAGACCCAGAGGAGAUCAGGAGAAAGCUUUGCUUUUGGACUCUCCAGGUCCCCUGCCAUCCCAGAAUCCCAAGAACCUACCCAAGUGGAGCUAGAGCCAACAUAUGUCAAUGACCCAGGCCAGCAGUCUGAAACACACAGCCAAGUCUUUGCUGACCCAGGACUUCCAGUGAUAUAUUCUGAGUUCCGAUGGUUACAGCAAAAAGAAGAAGAUGCAGAUGGCUUCACAUCAAUGCUACCACCCACCCAAGAUUUCUCUGUCGUGUACACCGAAGUGAAGGCAGAACAACCUCUGGAGGAGACAGUCGGGGUGACUGAGGCUACAGAUGGGACACAGGAAGAUGACACAGGCAACUAUGAGAAUGUCCAACUUCAUUCCUGAGCCUGACUGUGUCUGCUCCCUAAGGAAGAAAAAGUUUCUCAUCUCUCUGUAAUGCCAUGGAAAUGGAAGGAAAGACAGUAGGGCAAGAAGAC